AUGGAUCCAUUGUGUGCAGAUCUUCCACUAAAAGGUUUCACCUGGACGCGCUGGGGCCACUUUCCCGAGGCUGUUAAUACGUCUCUGUUGAACGAACUUUGCACUCGGCUUUGUCGCACUGGUGCUGCUACCACUACUACUCUCUCGCCGAGGAUGACGGUGACGAGGAUGGGGAUGAGAGAGGACGAAUCGAUAUUUCGCCUCGUUGACGACACUGAUGUGACGUUGGGAGAUGGUGAGGACUUUUGCCCUUCACCACACUACGUCUCUCCUCCUCUCCCUUUUAUUCACGGCAACGGGGUGCCCGAGGCUCUGGGUGUGGCACAGCUCAAUUCUCUCCUCAAACGCACCGUGCAAGAGACUACAGACUGUCUCAUUGCUGGUCAGUUCUGCAUGACCAUAAAGUGCCCUACAUCCUUAGGAGUCAUUUUGUGCUAUAAAGUGAGUGCUUUCAAAGUGACUCUUAUUGAUUCCUUUGCUGCUGUUGCUACAGCGACGAAACGACGCAAUGCAGGCGGCGCGGCUUGGGCGGAGCAGUUGUUGUCAGAGGUCUACUCUCUUUGGUUUCUUCUCUUGCCUGCAUUUAUCGCCUCUCUGCAACAACACUCUGGUGGUUUGAACGUUGGUGAUGGUAUCGGUCUGGAGACUCGUCGUUUCCUCUACCGCGUUGUAGGCGUUUUUCUGCGCCUUUGGGAGUCACCGGUUCAACCUGUUGAUCAGGUGUAUGUUCGCGUUCUUAUCGCGUUGCUCUAUGAAUACGGCACCUCAGAUGAGGGCGUGAUUAGCUUCUGGAGCAGUCGGCCUCUGAACGCGCCUUCCUACGCCAUGGCUAAUCAGUUGCAACGUGAUCUCGGCCACAAAUUGACUUCAGCUAGGACUAUGGAAGAUGGCAGUGAGUCCAGCACAGGUAAUGUUAACUAUUCCAAUAGCAGGAGGUGUGGUUCCUUUCUGUAA